AUGCCCUGGCAGCCCCUCCCACGCAUCGCCUUCGCUGUCGCAACCUUCCCCUUCGCGGCCCUCGAGCCCGCAGACCUGCCGCUCGAGCUGGGCGACGAGCUGUACAUCAUUGAGCAGGGAGGCCACAAUGGCGACUGGUUCCGCGGGUACCUGGUUGCGCCGCCGAGUCUGCUGGCCGGGUUGACGAGCGUGAAGGGGCAGACGCUCGAGGCGAGGGUGUUUUCGGGCAUCUUUCCACGGAGCUGUGUUGAGGUGAGAGAAGUGCUGGGUGAGGAUGAAGAGGAGGAGGAGGAGGAGGGAGAUGAGGAUGUACUGCCGGCGACGACGAAUGGGCAUGAGAGCUUGGGAUCAGAGGAUAGUCCCAAGAGCGUCGUGUUGAGGAAACGGAUAGGGAACAACAGCAGGAAUAGUAGGCCGGGGAGCAAGAUCAAGAGGAAACAGACGCCGAAUGGGAAUAGAGCCACGCUGUCCGUGGACGUGCCGCGAGAUCCAGAUGCCCCGAAACCGCCUGCCCCAGUGCCGAUGCUGAAGAUUGGGGACGAGACCGUGACGUUCGUCUCGGAGCCGUUGGUGGACGAGAUUGCGAGCUGUCUGCGAGAAUGGCAUUCUACGAAUCUACACGAGCUUCUAUUAUCGAGACAAUACCCGGUACUGGACCAGAUGUCGACAUUAGUGCAGACGUUGGACUUUUCGCGGCGGCAGUUCCUGCACAAUGUUCUGACGACACACGAGCUUGGGCGACUGAGGGAGAAGACAGUGUGGGAUCUGGUGAGAGGGAACAAGGCAUUCAAUGGCGAGGUUAUUGUUCGGGAUCCAGCAGAACGCGGCAGGGUCCUUACGGGAGACGAUUCUGCGGUCGAGAUCACGACGUUGCAGUCUAUGAUGAGUUUACUGGAAGAAAGGCCACAACCACCUGCGAACGAGAACCUUACGCUUCACCAUCUCCUGAUCGAUAUCAAGACCUUUGUUGGCGCAAGUACCGAGUCGACGACACUGGUAUUCUUCCUUGCUUCAAAACAACCGGGCCAAGCUGCUGUGGCGCUCAGCGAGAGCUAUAUUGUGGAAGUACCUCCCAGCGGGGCAUUGACGAAUCUAGCCAAGGCAGGAAAUAUGAAGACUCUGUUCUCCGACUUAGCUUCUGCGGACAUCGGGGAUCAAUCGUCGCCAGAUGCGGAGUUAUACUUGGUUGUGAAGGUUCGGUCAACACAGCAGGUUAUGGGAGGGAAACCAGGGUCCAGAAAUGGUACCGCGUCGAGAGACGGAGGACCCACGCGGAAUGGAGAGCAUGCUUUGUCGCCUAGCAGCUCGAGCAAGUCGUCUGGUUCGGGGAGGAGGAGCUUGAUGUGGGGGAAACAAGGGAUGCAACGCUCUGCGUUCUCGAGAAAUGCGCCUAUUUCGUCGAAACUUAAUUCUUUAGUGGAAGACCAAGCUGAUGCUCGAUCACACCAUAGCCAGGAUGGACCACCAGGUACGGCUGAUUCGAAAGCGCCAGGCACGGAACGGAAAUCUGGAUCCGUGUCGAGGAUAGUGAACAGGACGGUCGGGAUUGGUGCUAUCAGAGUUAAUGCGAUAAUGAAACAAGAGGAAGAGGUAGAGCAGGUCAUGACGAUCUGGUCUCCGUCCGCUGCCUUUGGUCAAGAGAAGCAAGAUCAUACCGAUGGUUGGGAGGAUGUGAUCAUAGAGCUCAUGGGGAGCAAGUCUGGCCAUUACGAGAAGUCAAGAAGGGCCGAACGUCUCCAGGUCCAUCUCAGAGCUUUUGAUAGCCCUGACGCAGAUGUCCUCAUCAAAGCCACGCCUACACUCUUAUCUGGAGUCACCAGAACAAGUAAAAUGGGCUUCUCGGGCGCGCCUACAAAAGCAAGAUCAGACAUAUAUGUCACCAUCGACGAAGCCUUCCUUCCCCGCCAUGCACUACUCUCUCGCGCCACAGGGAGCGCCACACCGUUAUCGACCUCAGUGCAAGGAUCGAAUUUACAGAUCACUCUUGAAGUUCGUCGAGCUAGUGGCGAGCGAUUGGAUAAUUGCGUUCUACCAUCUUCGAACGCCGAGGCUACAUCAACUUGGGAGUCAACGGCUGCUGAGAAAGGGGAAGCUUGGAAUCAGACUCUCAAAUUAUGUGUACCUGCAGUAGAUGUAUCGACGUGUCAUCUUGCUAUGACGCUUUCGGAUGCUCCUAAUGGACCCUUCGCUAUAUGUCAUAUGCCGCUUUGGGACCAGCAGGCAUUCAUGAGGGAUGGUCACCAUUCUUUGCUUUUGUACCGAUAUGAUGAGAAUACCAAUAGUGCGAGAGGGAGGGGUGAGGGCAAGACCGGCUAUUUGGGUACACCUUGGAAUGCGAGAGGGAAGGAUGAUGUGAGCAAAGACGAAGCUGUAACUGGACCGAUUGCAACAUUGAGAGUGCAGACUUAUCUCUGCAGUACCCGCUUUUCACAAGACAAAGUGUUGUUGGGGCUUCUCAAGUGGAAGGAACAACCACCUGGAGACGUGCAGGAAUUGCUUAAGCGACUGGUCUUUGUGCCAGAAAUCGAGAUCGUAAAGUUGCUCAGUGAUGUCUUUGACGCUAUCUUUUCGAUACUAGUUGAGAAUGCUGGAAACGACGACUAUGAGGAUCUGGUUUUCAGCGCACUCGUUACUGUUUUGGGUAUCGUCCAUGAUCGAAGAUUUAAUCUCGGACCGUUGGUGGAUCAAUACGCUGAGACGAAGUUCAAUUACCCCUUCGCGACGCCUUGUCUUGUUCGAUCAUUCACUCGACUCCUGUCAAAUCCUUCGGAUCCCGAUACGUCGAGGAAAUUGAGAGCGACGUUCAAGGUUGUGAGGCAAAUCUUGAAAUUUAUCACUCAUGCUCGCGGACAGCAGAAGGCCAAGGAAGCAGGGAUCGGUAUCACGAGUACUUCGCCAGGCUUCACUCGACACCUGCGGAGUAUAUUCAAAUCGCUCGACGCGCUGAUGAGAAAUGCGGCGCCUAUUCUUGUGGGUAGUCAAACGCUUGCGGUUCAGCAUUUUCAUACCUGGCUACCGGAGUUGACGGGAUUACUGAGCACGGAGGAGAUUCUACAUAUUGCGAUUGACUUCAUGGAUUCUUGUUCUGGGGUCAAGGGGAAGCUGAUAUUGUACAAGCUUGUGUUAAUUAUUAACUACUCCAAACUGGAACUCUUUUCGCAAUCCGAGCAACGAGCAGCUCUCAGCGCCAAUACCGUCCGAUGGAUAGCGCCUCAUUGGGGUAAGACUUCAGAUGCCAACGAGCAGUAUAGGGAACAAGUCCGGUUAUGCUGUUCAAUUUUAUCAACACAGGUUGAGAAUCUUGGACCUGAGAUACCCGACUACAUCCCUAAGAUCAUCGACUCAUAUCUCGCUCUCUCAGCAGCUCCCAAAACUGACAAGACACGGCUCUCUCUUCUCUUCCCAAAUACAUACCCAUUCCCAUCCAAAGUCAUUACAGGAAAGGCAAAGUUCGACGAAGUGCUCAUCGAAUUGUCUGCUAUUCUGUCUGCGAUUUCAACUCUACCUGCUGGGAUGCAGCUUGAGCUUGCAGAAGACGAGAUGGCCACACUUUUAGAAGAUACGCUACAAGUCCACCUCAGUAUUCUGCAGUGCGAAGCUUUUCCUGCGGAUUGGCUAAGCGUUCAUAUCUAUCAUCACAAAUCGUCGAUGAAGACUCUUGAAUAUCUGGCUGGUAUUUUGCUGGAAUCCUUUUUGCCACAUCCCGAUGAUGCUGAAGCUUACAACAUGGAUCUUUGGAAGGCAUUCUUUACUGUGUUGUUGAAGCUCGUCGGGAGCGAUUCCUUGGCUCUCGAAACUUUCCCUGAGCAGAAACGACGGACGGUGUGGAAAAUUGCUGGUGGUGUUCGAGAACAUGGUGCUGAACUUCUGAGAAGGAUGUGGGAAGCUAUUGGAUGGGAGACGAGUCCUGAUGAGCAACAAAAGUACGGUAUUGCGAAAAUGGGUGGCUAUCAAGUUCAAUAUGUUCCCGUUCUGGUAGGACCAAUUGUCGAACUGUGCUUGAGUGUACACGAGAACUCGAGACUGGUGGCCGUUGAAGUUCUGCAGACCAUGAUCGUUAGCGAGUGGUCUCUGAGUGAGGAUCUCUCGGCUGUGCAAACAGCUAUGAUUGACUGUUUGGAUCAACUGCUGAAGACGAAACCAUUGACGGAGAGUAUGAGGGAGAAGCGAUUUGUUCAAGACUUGCUUGGUCUGUUUGAAUACUCGUGCCAGGAUAGCGAAGACCCACUAUUUUUGGCGGUCAAGGAGUUGAUUACUACUAUCGAAGAGUUCCUCGAUCUUCUGAUCGCUGUGCAUAGUACCGAUGUCACUGGCCAAGCUUCACAUAUGAUCCAUCGGUUGCGGUUGAUGGAGUUCCUGAGAGAUAUGCAGAAAGAGGAAAUCUUCAUUCGAUAUGUCCACCAACUUGCGCAACUACAGGCCGAUGCUCGAAACCCAACCGAAGCAGGUCUCGCACUUCGAUUGCACGCCGACUUGUACAGGUGGGACCCAACGGAAAUCGUACCUCCCCUGUCGGACCCUGAGUUCCCAGCACAGUCGCAAUUCGAUCGAAAAGAACGGAUUUACUUUGAGAUCAUCAAGUAUUUCGAGGAGGGAGAAGCUUGGAGUAGUGCUUUGGCUGCGUACCAAGAGUUGCAACACCAGUACGAGGAGAAUGUCUACGAUUUCGCUAAACUUGCGAGAACUCAACGAUCGAUUGCCACGGUGUACGAGAACAUCGCCAAGAGUGACAAGUUGGUACCCAAGUACUUCAAAGUUACGUACCGUGGUAUGGGUUUCCCGCAAAGUCUUAGGGAUAAGGAAUUCGUCUUCGAGGGGUCUCCCACCGAACGAACGACCGCUUUCACGGACCGAAUGCAAGAGCAACAUCCUGCUGCUCAGAUUGUAACUUCUGGCGACGUCGAUGAUGUUGAAGGUCAAUUCAUAUACGUCUCCGCUCUCAACCCAUAUCGAGAUCUAGAGCAUCAUGUCUUCCAACGAGCUCGUGUACCCCAAGUCAUCCGCGAUUAUCUGCUCUCAGCGCAUCCCCAAGUAUUCUCCUCCACCAGCAAGAGAAACACUCAAGGUCCAGUUACCGAACAUUCGGCUGAGAAGAUCAUGUACAAGACUGCUGAACCCUUCCCUACGAUUCUUCGCAGAAGUGAGAUCGUCUCUGUCGAUCGCAUCAAGCUCAAUCCUCUCCAGACAGCUAUCGAACGUAUCACUCGCAAGACAAGUGAGAUGACGGCUGUGGAGAAGCGUAUCAUGGAUGGCGAAGAGGAAAUCGUAACCCUACUUACCGAUGCCUUGCAUGUAUCUGUUGAUCUGGGCUCAGAAACGACCGUUGCCAGAUAUCGCGAUUUACUUCCAACGUUACCAGAGGACAGUGAAGCCAAGGAAGUGGAGUUAAGUCCACUGCAAAAUGCUGUCAAGAUUGCUCUGAUUGAUCAUGCUGUUAUGAUCAAACGUGCCCUCUCCAUGCUUGCCAAGUCCAAUCUACUAAGCGCGGCGGAGAGGGAAACACUCGCACAGAAUUUCGAAGCAACCUUCGCCCCCGAACUAUCCUCCUUCUCCUUCCCCCAACAACAACGCGACCCAACCCCAACCCCCAGCUGGGCAAUCGCCAGUCCCGUCCUCAGCGACGGCAGCCGCGAAAAGCGCGCCUCAGCAAUGCUAGCCUUGAACAUGAACCGCUCCACCAUCCCCCACUCCGAGACAAACGGCACCAUCUCGUCCUCCAUCCUCGACACACCCGCUGCCCGAGCAGGCGCCCGCAGCAACAGACUCAGUUUCCUCAAACGUGGCGGCGGCAGCGGCCAUAACCGCGAACCGUCUGCGCAGGAAGCGGUGUUGGCGCCUGUCAUUAACGGUGGGAAUGUCAAGGAAAGUGGAGUGGUAGUACAACAUAGAGGCGUGAAGGACGACGGCAGCAGUGAGCGGAGCCGCAGUAAAGAAAAUCGUAAAUCGUUCUUCGGAUCAGGUGGGACGUUGGGGUCGAUUGGGAGGGGAAGGGGCAGGGAGUUGAGUGAGAAGGACGAGGAGGCUGACUGGGUUACGCAGUCUGAUAUCGCGGGGAAUAGGAGGAGUAGCUCGAGUCAGAGGCCGAAGACGGGGGGCACGGAGGGGUUGAGUCGCGAUGGGAGUGUGGGGAGUCGGGUGGGGGGGAGUGUCAGGAAGAGGUUGAGUAUGCUGAAGUUGGGGAAGAAGAGUAGUAAGGCGAGUGUGUUGGUGGGUAGUGUGGCUGAGGAGGAGUGA